UAUGAGCGCCAAGAAGAAAAAAACAAGAACAAGAAGACGAACAAGAAAUAACAAAAAUAUUAAAAUAAAUUUUAAAUUUAAUAUAAAUAAAUAAAUGAUGAUGUGACGGAAGUAGUCCACUCGGAAGACCUCUGUCCGGCUGCUACCCGAGUUUACGUCGUAAUGUUCAGAAUACUUACAGUUCCAGUUCGUGCAAAUCAUAUUUUGCCUUUCAGAAAAUUCGCGACUAACAAGCGUACAAUAAUGGACAACGAUAAAAACGAAACAAGGUCCAUUCAUUCGGAUAACAUUGAAGAAGUCCAUAACGUCCCAAUACAUGUUAUCAUUCGACCAAUUCCUCCCGUACUCGAUGAACAGAAAGUUCGGAGCCUGAUGAAUACAAUAAAGGACCCUGUAGACGCCAGCAGUGUUCCCCCUAUCGAUGUGCUGUGGAUUACGGGGAAGCAAGGUGGUAAUUACUACUACUCUUUCGGUGGGUGCCACCGCUUCGCGGCCUACCAGAACCUAAAACUGGACACCAUCCCUGCAAAAAUCAUCAAGUCAAACGUUUCAGAUCUGCGCACAUACCUGGGUGCCUCAACCCCUGAUUUACAGUGACUGUUUUAUCACUUGGGGGUAGAACGGCCUUUUUGGAGAGUCGGCCACUGUCAUUGGAGACACUGUCUUGUGUAAACUGCUGACUCGGGACAAAUGGCAAUGGGUGAUAAGGUCACAGUGUCACCAAACCACAGAAUCAUAGUUUAUAUAUUUAUUUUUUUUUAUUUUAAAAUUGGAGCGGUGAAAUCCUGCUGAAUGCAGCAGGACUUGGUGCAUGCGGCAUAUAUACUGGCCAGCAGAUGGAGAUCUCACUCCACUUUUUGAUAUUAAAUGCCACAGGCAAGGAAGCCACUGUACUGUAUACAUGCUGUUGAAAAAUCAUUGUACUUCACAAUAUACACUCUUGUAAUUAUGCUGGAAAUGCUUUGCUUGUCUGAUCAUUUUCCAAGGCAUAUUUUUUUCAUUCUCCGAGAAACUUUUCAUUUCUCAUCAACUACUGACCAAAAAAUUGGUUACUUUUCCAAAUUGGAACAAGUGGGGAAGUAGAAAAAGCUCUCUUAAAUUUUAUUUCUGCUUUGUGCUUUUCAUAUAUGCUUCAAAUGCAAUUGAAUGCAAUGGUUUUCCAAUCUUAUUUUCAGUUGAGAUUGUGGGGUGUUUAAUUUAAGAGAGUGAGGUCUUUAAGUUAAUGUAAUUAAACUUUUGAGCUGAAAAGUGUAGGUGAUGAGCGUGCUUUUGCGAGCCGCUAGUGGAGAUAGCCAGAGAGGCCCUCUGGAAGCGAUGUCACAGAGUGCUGGAAAGUGUGAGGUUCAGAUUGUGGCUAGAAUGGCGUAGGCAGUGUAGUAUUUUUUUAGUGCAGUGUGACUUAAUCGCAGUGCUAGAAAAAACAAACACGCACCAAAAGACUAGCACAAGGUGCUGGGUUGAAGGGACAUAUAAAAUAGGAAAAGAAAAGACUCACAUAUGAUGCUCCAAAUUUAUUUAGGCAUUAUAAUGGUUAAUGUUUCGACUACAUUGGUCUUCCUCUGAACACCAGAGUGGAUCUGAGUGUGGUGUAGUUAGCCUGGCUCAGAGCUUAACUAUUGUGCUUUAGAGUUGGGCUAGUGUUGAAUGGCUCAAAAUAUGGCUGGCUAGCAGAGUGAUGCUAGCAUAGAAUGGUUAACUUAAGUGUGGCUAGGGAAGUGUGAUUAGCAGAGUAUGGUUGGCAAAGCAUGGCUCAGAGUCUGGCUACUGUGGCUUGGCUAGCAGGGCCACUCAAUGUGGCUAGUGGAAUGUGAUUAGCAUAAGCACGGGUCGGUGUGGCUAGUAAGGCAGCAAGUCUAGCUGAGUAAUUUUAACAUAGUGUGGCUCAGUGCAUGGCCACUGCAGCAAAGCUGGUAGACUUUGCUAGGGUAAGGUGGCUAGCGGAGCACAGGCCCCUCCUCCCACCCUCCGCGGGGCCCGGGGUACAGGAAGUGUGCGGGGUCAGGGGUCAUGAGAAUGGGGUUCCUCCACACUCCAGCGCGCAACCCGAUGGGAUGCUGUAAAGAGUGCAUUUGCUUCACACCAGGCCGGCUAUUUUAAGACCGAUGCUUAGUUUGGUCACACCACGCCCCCCUCCGAAUGCGCAUCAGUCAUAACCGCGGUCUGAACUAAGGAUGCAGCGAGUUAACCCGCUAACCCCCACCGAGUGCGCCUGCCACUUAGAGUGAGGAAUGAAGGAUGCUUUUAAUUGCUCUGGGGACGGGACGACGGAAGGGCUAAAGAGAAGGAAGAAAUCACCGGCCUUAUGAGGAGCUACCCCAGCCCCCCCCCCCCCCCACCUCCCCGUUAACCUGUGCAGCUGUCGAAGGGCAUUAGCCUCCCGUCAGAGCGGCUGCUGUGGUGCGUAACUCAGCUCUGUGUGAGAUUAGUCAUCAGAUUUUUAUUAAGCUUGAACAGCGUGAAACAACUGCUGCCAUUAUGUAUAAACAUCAGUACCUGACUGAACCACACAUUUGAGAAUGAGGAUAGGAGGCGUUUUCAGCUUCAUCUCUGUGGAAUAAUCUACCAGACCUCUGACUCUGUAGAUCUAAUUUCAAAUCCCAUUUCCCCCAAUUUAUGUAAUAAUUGUCUUGUUUUAUUCAGUAUUUAAGGAUUUUAAAAUUUACUCUGUUUAUUUUAUUUAUCAUUAAUUUAUUUUUACUUUUAUCAUCUAAAAUGGCAUAUAAGAAAAGUUCUCUCAGAAAACAUUAUUUUUUUUGCUCUGGAAUAGAGCAGUGCUACCCAAUGUUUCCUAAAUUAAUCUUAGCAUCUGUGAAUGUGGUCAUUCAAACUUUGUGUUUGAUUUUGUAAGUUUUAAUUAAUGGUUCAGGAAACUGAAAUUUGUUCAUUCUUUGCAGAUGUGUAGUUUUCAUACUUCUUUGCAUUCAAAAACGGCAAAUAAAUAUUUUUUAAUGAUUCAA